AUGGGAGGCAUCAAGUUUAUUCUUGUCAUCGGCUGGCUCAGCAUCCUGAGUGUAAGCGGGGGAAAACCACCUAUAAAACAUGACAACAGGCGCAUUCACAUACAAACGGACAACAACGCCUACUCUCAAAGUGGAGUAGCCAUAGAAGCAGUUGUCAACGACAAGGAAGGCACCCGAGGAAAACGAUAUCAACGAGACCAUGGUGAAUACGAAUAUGCAAAUAAAGAACUGACAAUCGACCCAAAUUACAUCGAAAAGAGAUCAAACAAAUACGAAUCUACGAAUGAUAAUGAAAAUAUUGGAGAAUACAGCGUGAGCCCUGAUGGUAAACAUCGUAAAUCAGCAGAUAUAUAUAGAGGUAAAUAUAAGAGUAAAGGGAAGAAUAAGUACAAAUACAUUGGAGUUGAUGGAACUGAGAUUGAGAACGAAGAAGUUAAUGAAGAUGAAUCUGAAUCUGAGACUAAAACAACGACUCAGACUGAUACUGUUGCUGUUAAGAAACCUCAUCCUGUUAUUGAUCAUGGUACGGAGAAAUCGAGAUGGAAGAUCGUGUCAGAAAAGUUCAUAGAAAAUGGUCAACCUUGCAUCAUCAUGAAAAUGAUUGCAAUUGAUGAACCAGAUGAUGAAGUUACAACGACAUCCUCCACUACAUCUACCAAUUACAAUUCACGGCAUUCUUCUAACAGUAUUUCUAAAUACAAAAGUGGGAACGCUCCGACCGACCAGCCCGCAGAAGGUGACAAUGGAAGAGGACCUAUCUUCAUUCCGAUAGCCAAACCGGGGACAUCACAAAUUAUUAUAGCAGGCAGAGACUCAACGAACUGUGGUUCUGCAACUUCAACGACUUCUGUUAGCAAUAGCCCUGACAGAACCAGCUACGUCACAGCCAGUAAUUAUAACAAUGGCGGCACUUCUUCAGGACACGUCAUUACUAUAGAGGAGACUGCUAAACCAGGAUCUGGGGAAGCUCCUAUAGGAAGGAAAGGAGGAAGUCAAAGUUCUAAUGAUUCAGGUGACAUAAGAAGUCCAAGCAAUUCUGGGCCUGGAGAAUCAGAUGAUGCAUCAGGUGGCACUUCUACUGGUUCGACUGAUAAAGGCAAAAGAGGCAAGCGAACAGUUAAAGAUGGUAAAGGCGGAUCGAGCACAGUUGGAUCAGCAAGCACAGGUACUGCUGCCCAUUCUGGCCCCGGAGGUUCAGGGUCUGCUUCAGGAGGCAAUGUUGUCGUAGGCAGUACUAACACUGGAAACGGAGGGGGCUCAAGUACGGUUGGUUCAGCGAGCACAGGUACUGCUGCCCAUUCUGGCCCAGGAGGUUCAGGAUCUGCUUCAGGAGGCAGUGUUGUCGUAAGCAGUACUAAUACUGGAAAUGGAGGGGGCUCAAGUACGGUUGGUUCAGCGAGCACAGGUACUGCUGCCCAUUCUGGCCCAGGAGGUUCAGGAUCUGCUUCAGGAGGCAUUGUUGUCGUAGGCAGUACUAAUACUGGAAAUGGAGGGGGCUCAAGUACGGUUGGUUCAGCGAGCACAGGUACUGCUGCCCAUUCUGGCCCAGGAGGUUCAGGAUCUGCUUCAGGAGGCAGUGUUGUCGUAGGCAGUACUAAUACUGGAAAUGGAGGGGGCUCAAGUACGGUUGGUUCAGCGAGCACAGGUACUGCUGCCCAUUCUGGCCCAGGAGGUUCAGGGUCUUCUUCAGGAGGCACUGUUGUUGUAGGUAGUACUAACACUGGACCAACAAAAGGCAAAAAACACAAACAUAGACACGGCAGAAUAAGCUCAACCACGAUUGGCGCAGCAAGCACAGGUAGUGCAGCCCAUUCAGGCCCUGGAGGAUCAGGAGCUGCUUCAGGACCAGCAAAUGACAAAGGCAAAGGACACAAGCACAAGAUAGUAAAAGUCGGCGGAGGCUCCAGCACUGUAGGUUCAGCAAGUACAAGCUCCGCAGCGCACUCAGGACCUAAAGGAACGGGAGCUGCUUCCGCAGGUAGUGUUGUUGUGGGCAGUACAUCAACAAGCCCCGUUGUAACUAUAGUCAAAGGUAAAAAGGGCAAGCUUAUUUAUGUCGAUAAAGGGAGCUCAAGCACCGUCGGUUCAGUGAGUUCAAGUUCUGCAGUUCACAGUGGCCCAAAAGGUUCUGGGACUGCGACAGCUGGCAGUGUCGUUGUGGGUAGUGCCUCAACAGGGUCGAGGGUAACAAUAGUUAAAGGUAAACAUAAGAAGCAUAAACAUCAUAAACACCCAAGAAAACGUAGCGACGAAAGUUGUUCACAUGAAAGCUUAGACCAGGAUGACAGUCAUGACUCUAAUGAAAGCAAUAGCUCUGGAGAUGGAAAUAACAGCUCUGGAGAUGGAAAUAAUAGCUCUGGAGAUGGAAAUAACGGCUCUGGAGAUGGAAAUAACGGCUCUGGGGAUGACAGUACCGGUAAUGGAAGUAACAGCUCAGGAGAUGACAGUACUGACGAUGGAAGUAACAGCUCAGGAGAUGACAGUACCGGUGAAGGAAGUAACAGCUCAGGAGAUGAUAGUACCGGUGAUGGAAGUAACAGCUCUGGAGAUGACAGUACCGACGAUGGAAGUAACAGCUCAGUAGAUGACAGUACCGGUGAAGGAAGUAACAGCUCUGGGGAUGACAGUACCGGUGAUGGAAGUAACAGCUCAGGAGAUGACAGUACCGACGAUGGAAAUAACAGCUCUGGAGAUGACAGUACCGGUGAUGGAAGUAACAGCUCAGGAGAUGACAGUACCGGUGAUGGAAGUAACAGCUCUGGAGAUGACAGUACCGACGAUGGAAGUAACAGCUCAGUAGAUGACAGUACCGGUGAAGGAAGUAACAGCUCUGGGGAUGACAGUACCGGUGAUGGAAGUAACAGCUCAGGAGAUGACAGUACCGACGAUGGAAAUAACAGCUCUGGAGAUGACAGUACCGGUGAUGGAAGUAACAGCUCAGGAGAUGACAGUACCGGUGAUGGAAGUAACAGCUCUGGAGAUGACAGUACCGACGAUGGAAUACCGGUGAUGGAAGUAACAGCUCAGGAGAUGACAGUACCGACGAUGGAAAUAACAGCUCUGGAGAUGACAGUACCGGUGAUGGAAGUAACAGCUCAGGAGAUGACAGUACCGGUGAUGGAAGUAACAGCUCUGGAGAUGACAGUACCGACGAUGGAAGUAACAGCUCAGUAG